AUGUCGUCGGACGACCUGUCUGCUGCUCUCAAGUUCCUUUCAGAUGCAGGCCAUCUCUUGGCGUCCGCCUCCCCAGAGAUUUCGGCAUCCAUCAUGAGCCACCGAAACAGCUUGAUGUUCGAGAAUGAGCUAGCACAGCCCGAUACAGAGCGACAGCGUGUCUGCGGUUGCUGCGGCUAUAUCAUGAUUCUAGGCCACGGCAGCAGCUUGGACAUGAGGCACGAGAAGGCCGCGAAGACGAAACUUCGGUCUCUGGCGGGCGGGAAGCGCAAGGAAGCGCGUGUUCAAGAGCCCCGUUUUGGACCAACUAAGGUCCUUACAUGCGGCCACUGCGGAAGACUGACAGAGGUCAAGCUUCCGGCCCCCCGUCGGAUCGCAAGGCGCACGGCGCGGACACCGAAAGCCGGAAAACCAGGGCCGCCGCUCUCGACGUCGGCUCCUCCUCAGCUCCAACCAGUCCAAGACAUCGCUCCGUCACUUAAAUCAAACGCGAAUGCGAAUAGCAAAAAGAGAGCAAAGACCAGAAAGGCAGGGCUGCAAGCUCUGCUCGAUCAGGCCAGUUCCUCCAGAAAUUCCAAACUCGGGCUUGGAUUGAGUCUAGCCGACUUUAUGGAGAAGUAA